GCCGCCGCCGCCGCUGCCCUGGUUGUCGAGGGUCGGCUAGUGGAGGAGCUGUCGUAGACCCUGUGGAGUCCGUGUCGGUCGCUGUUUUGGCCUGAGGAGUCUUCCUUCCUGAGUCGCACCCGGACUCCCGUGGUGUCGAGGGGGAGUCCCUGCGGACACCUCUGCACGCAGUGGAGAUGCCUCUCUUUGCCACCAAUCCCUUCGAUCAGGAUGUUGAGAAAGCAACCAGUGAGAUGAAUACUGCUGAGGAUUGGGGCCUCAUUUUGGAUAUUUGUGAUAAAGUCGGUCAGUCUCGCACUGGACCUAAAGAUUGUCUUCGGUCAGUUAUGAGGAGGGUGAACCAUAAAGAUCCUCAUGUUGCUAUGCAAGCUCUGACCCUUCUAGGAGCAUGCGUAUCAAACUGUGGCAAAAUUUUUCACUUAGAAGUAUGUUCAAGAGAUUUUGCUAGUGAAGUAAGCAACGUCUUAAACAAGGGUCAUCCUAAAGUAUGUGAAAAAUUAAAGGCUCUCAUGGUUGAAUGGACCGAUGAAUUUAAGAAUGAUCCACAGCUUAGUCUAAUAUCAGCAAUGAUUAAAAACCUUAAGGAACAAGGAGUUACGUUUCCAGCUAUUGGCUCUCAGGCUGCAGAACAAGCAAAAGCAAGUCCAGCUCUGGUGGCCAAGGAUCCUGGUACUGUGGCUAACAAAAAAGAAGAAGAAGAUUUAGCAAAAGCCAUUGAGUUGUCCCUGAAAGAACAAAGGCAGCAGUCAACCACCCUUUCUACUUUGUAUCCAAGCACAUCCAACCUCUUAACUAACCACCAACAUGAAGGCCGAAAAGUUCGUGCUAUAUAUGACUUUGAAGCUGCUGAAGAUAAUGAACUUACUUUUAAAGCUGGAGAAAUUAUUACAGUUCUUGAUGACAGUGACCCCAACUGGUGGAAAGGUGAAACCCAUCAAGGCAUGGGGUUAUUUCCCUCUAAUUUUGUGACUGCAGAUCUCACUGCUGAACCGGAAAUGAUUAAAACAGAGAAGAAGACGGUACAAUUUAGUGAUGAUGUUCAGAUAGAAACAAUAGAACCAGAGCCGGAACAAGCCUACAUUGAUGAAGAUAAAAUGGAUCAGUUGCUACAGAUGUUGCAAAGUACAGAUCCCAGUGAUGAUCAACCAGAUCUUCCAGAGUUACUUCAUCUUGAAACACUGUGUCACCAGAUGGGACCUCUCAUUGAUGAGAAGCUGGAGGAUAUUGAUCGGAAGCAUUCAGAACUUUCAGAACUUAAUGUGAAAGUGAUGGAGGCACUUUCCUUGUAUACCAAGUUAAUGAAUGAAGACCCGAUGUAUUCCAUGUACGCAAAAUUACAGAAUCAGCAGUAUUAUAUUCAGUCAUCUGGUGUCUCUGGUUCUCAGGUGUACGCAGGCGCCCCCCCGCACAGCGCCGCCUACCUGGUCGCGGGGGCCGCGCAGCUGAGCCACCUGCAGAGCUACAGCCUCCCCCCGGAGCAGCUGCCCUCCCUCAGCCAAGGAGCCGUGCCGGCGCCGGCCAGCCCCGCCCCGCCCAGCCAGCCGACCCAGGCUUCUUACCCCAAUGCCAUGGUCAGUUCUGUUCAAGGAGGUACCUAUCCCAGCCAGACUGCAGUGUAUAGUCCUCCUCCUGCUGCUGCGGCUGCUGCCACCGAUGUCACUCUGUACCAGAAUGCGGGAACUAACAUAUCCCAGGUGCCAAACUAUAAUUUAACAUCCGUGCUGUCUCAGCCAGGAGGCAGUCAGCAGCCACCCCCGCCACAGCAACCAUAUUCUCAGAAGGCUCUGCUGUAGGACUUGGGAUUCCUCUUUGUGGCAAAUACCUGCUAAAUGCCGAUGACAAUGCUAUGAGAUCCUUUAAUAUCCUAAGAUUUGUUUAUCCUCAGCUUAUAAGAGUCGAAUCUUGGUCAACAAGUUCCAAUAUUCAAGAAGGUAGAACUCUCUUCGAUGUGCACUGACGUUUUAGAGGGUCUCCCCCCUCCCCCUCCCCUUCCCCCAGAGGAAUGAAACUACUUACAACGUUUAAUUCCUUUCAUGAUAUGAAAGAAUUGAUGCAGGAUUAUUUGUCUCGUGAAAUUAUCUGGUCUGCAAAAAGUUGAACCUACAAACACUGUUGUGGCAAAUGUUAUGUACAUAUAUAUUGCUAUGUAACUUCACUAGUGGCCAUUUUGACUCACAGUGGUGAUCAUGUGAAUAUAUUUAACUGUUAAGUUAAUUUACAUUGCUAUUUUAUUUUAAUCAUGAACAACUACCAUGUUUCAUGAUGUUUUGUGUAAAUCUGAGGUAAUUACACUAUCCUUUUAAACUGCAAGAGGACAAAGCUGUAGCAUAUUGACAUGCAGCCGUCAUAUUGUUCCUGUUUCAGUUUCCCAUUAAACUGACACUUCCUGUGUAUCAUGUCGUCCUGUAGCCUCUGCAUACGACUAGCUGUCAUCACACCAGUGUACAGUAGCUAAAUUUUUGGUGCAAUUAUAGCAAAUGAUUAUAUUAUUCCCUUUUAAACUUCUACAUGUAGGCAUGAUGUUUCAGAGUAUCAUGGGACCAUGAGACAAAAGUAAGUGGGACCACAUGCUUUUUAUCUUACUUUUGAAGAAAUAAUGUUGAUUUACUUUUUCCUAGUUGAAGGUAGUAAUUGGGUUUCUAAGCUGUAUACUGUGUUUAUUGGUGGCAGUGACACCAAAGAUAGAGGCAAUGGAUAGAAGUUUUUCAACUGGAAAGAAAACGUGAAUUACACUACAUUUUCAGUGUCUUGUAAUUAUUUAGGAUAUAAACAAAAUUUGACUUAUCUGUCUUAGUCUUUUAAAUAUGUCUUUAACACAUUGUAUCUUUUAAUUCUUCAUUAAAAUGGAUGUACGUAGAUGUUUCAAAGUAAUCUAUAUUCCUGGCUUUGCUUAACAGUUUGUAUAUUUAUUCUUAUCUUUCCAACUGGAUUUUUGGGCCGCUGUCUUUCUCUUUUAAAGUUCUAAAUAGAAUUAUUUUGACUUCUUAUUCAGUAUUUUUGAAUGAAUGCUUUUCUUUUAAUCCAUGUGAAAUGUGUUUCCUACUGACAUUUUAAUCUUCUUAAAUAUUUAUAAUUUCCCUAGUUGUGCUAUACUAUUACUUAACACCAUUAUUUAAACAACUGAAAAACUGAGAUGAGCAUCAUAUUAGAUGGAUUGAUUUAUUAACAGAUUUCACAUCAUAAAUGAAGGUUUAAUUUGUAUUUUCUGAGACUGUUGUGAUCAGGUAGUUUCUUUCCUUUUUGGCAAAUGAUUCCAUGUUUGGCAAGGUAGGUUCAAUUUAAAGCACCAUCUUCAACUUAUAUGUCUCACCCUAGUGUUGUGUUUUCCUGAGUUUAGGGUAUGUUGCCCUCAAAUAGUAAUUUUAAGAUUUGAAUUCAAACCUUACAUUAAAAUUUUUUUAAUAUGUUGUUUUUGAUAAA